UUUCCGGAGUUUGUUUAAUUUAGUUUAUUUAUUUUCUUUGCUUAUUAAAUAAGCUCAUCGAAGGGGAAUAACAUUUAUGAUUGUAUCCCUCUUUUGGGCCUCGGCCGAGGACCCCUUUUAUUUCCCUUUUUCCAGUUAUCUCUCUUUAUAGGCCAAGGCCACCCCUUUCAGUUAUUAAUUAUUUUAUGCUUCAUUAUGGACGAAGACUGCGCUCCCUAAUUAUUUAUUAUCCUACGCCUCUUUAUGGACCAGGACCUCCCUUGGCAGAUUUUCUACAUCAUUUUUAACAUUAAUAUCGUCAAAAUUACUACAAUAAAAUACUUUCAGUAUUUUGCAUAACAUUGCUCUAAAUAGUGUAUACAAUACAGAAUCCGUUCUUAUUUAUUUAAAGUAUUUAUUGAAAUAUUUAAAGCAUUGUACUUAAUCUUUUCUAAGUAAGAGUUAAAUGAUUACACAUCAGGAGCGUUUAAAAAUAUUUUUAUAUAUAUAAAUGUAUUUCUUAUGUUCUUCAUUCACGUGGAUAACCUCAGUUUUACAAUAGGAACUCGUGUUUAUCCUGUUCUUCACCGAAUAACAUAAAAAUGUAUAGUAAUAUGAGAUGUAUAUUGUAAAUGAUAUUGUGUUUAUUUUGAAUUUGUUAUACUAACUUUGAUCAACAUGAAUUACGUUAAAUUCAUCCAGUUUCGGAAUUAUAAAUUCACAUCAAAGGUAGUAAACAAAACUAAUGAUAUUUUGUAUAAAGUUCAGAAUUUUGAAACACCAGAAAAAUUAAAAGGGACAUUUCUCGAACGAUGGGGUAAAUAUUGGAAGAAUCUUUUCACAGAUUACAAGGAAGUAACAGUGAGUGUUGUGAAUGAUUGUAAAGAACAUCCAAUAAAAGCUUCCAUAUAUGCUUCAGUUCUAGCAUUCUGUAUAUAUUUAAACAAACAUAAUCCAGAUGAAAGUUCCUUCAGGGAACAGUUAUUACAAAACACUAUAAAGAUAAUGCAAGUGGGAGAAACUGUACGUAAUCCAGUAUCUGAAUAUCAUGUGAAAUGGUUAGGACAAUGCUACAAUGAAGGAAUUGUACGAAGAAUGAAUUUGGGUAUAGUUUCUUUGAUUUGGUUAGAUGACUAUGAUGAAACAUGUUCUUUGUAUAAAGCUGCUUGCCCUUAUCUAGAUGUACAAUAUGCAACAUUUUACCAAAGAAUAGUAGAUUUUGGAAUAUUAGAUAAGUGGUGGGUUUUAGAAAGUAAAAUGAAAGACUAUGAUGUAAAUGAAACAGAAUUUAGCGAUUUGAAAACUGAAUAAACUAUUUAAUUUAGGAAGAAUUAAAAAAA